AUAAAAGGCUGAUGGAGCUGCAUCUCAUCCCAGUUCUUUGGACGCAGACCAAGUUCAUCCUCCAGGAGACAGACGGACCUGUUCAAGAUGCAGAGGUGCUUUGGGAUUUUUUGCGUCUCUCUCAUCUUCUGCGCGACUCUUUCUGAAACCAUCGGCCUGGUGAUCGCGGCGAAGGAGAAGCGAGGUUGGACUCUGAACAGCGCUGGGUACCUCCUAGGUCCCCAUGGAAUAGACGGACACAGGACGCUGGGGGACAAACCAGGACUGGCCGGAAAGAGGGACAUGGGCCAGGAAGAGGACUUCAGAACAGGUUCUCUGAGAAUAGCAGAUGAAGACGUCAUCCACACCAUCAUAGACUUCCUGUCCUUCCUCAAACUCAGAGAGAUGGGAGCGUUGGACAACCUGCCCUCGGCUGUGACGUCAGAUGAACUGGCCAAUCCCUGAUGUGUUCUCUGACCCCUCCCCUUCCUCCCGACCCCUCCCCUUCCCGCUGUUCGUGCUGUGGACCCCCUUAAACGUGUUCCGUCCCACCGACGCUGACGGCGCCCCAGACCUGACCUGAAGGAGCGCCGGUCCAGUCCCUCUGUCAUGUGAUCAUUAACCCUUCGUAUCUGUCGUCCAAUGAGUCUUUGACCGACAGUGGGCGGUUCCACUUCGUACAGACUGUUCACAAUAACCGUCUACGUGAUGUGGUUGUGUCAUGUGACUUAUGACAGUGGAGUGAAAUAAACCAACAAAUGGCACCAGA